CCUGGGACUGGAGCAGCGAUGGGCUUCUCAGUUGGCUGCGGGAGAGGCGAGGGAGCGGACUCUUGUCCCUUUCGCUUCAUGUCUUCGGACUGGUUCAAGAGGCGCUUCUUGAGCGCGGCGAGCCGAGGGAAAGGCAUUCCUCAGCAGCUGCAGCAGCAGCAGCAGCAGCCAACGGAGGAAGGAGGCACACGGCCACAGCCGCAGCUUCCCCCGUUGCCGUACAGGCGGCCCAAAUUCCUGCGCGGGGCUCCCUCGGCCGGGGAGAGGCAGCCUGGCAAGCGCCCCGUCGCCUGCCCGCCGCCAGACAAGCCCCUCCAGUGGAACGCGGGCUAUGCGGAAACCAUCAACGCAGAAAAAUCAGAAUUCAAUGAAGACCAAGCAACAUGCUGUCAUAUCUCUAUCAGAAAGAGGGAACAUGGCAAAGAAGAGGACCAGGAGUGGCUGAUUCUGUGCACUACUGAGUAUCUGACUGGCCACUACUGGGCAUUGUUUGAUGGUCAUGGUGGACCAGAAGCAUCUAUAUUGGCCUCAGACUACUUGCACUGUUGCAUCAAGCAGAAAUUGGAGGAUGUGGUGGAAGGCAUCACUCAAGACCGCCCCCCAAUGCACCUCAAUGGGCAGUGCGUCUGCCAAAGUGACCCACAGUUCGUGGAAGAAAAACAAAUUCGGCAGGAGGAUGUGGUAAUUGGAGCACUGGAGAAGGCCUUCCAGGAAUGUGAUGAUGUAAUUGGUCAGGAGAUGGAAGCUACUGGCCAAUCAGGAGGUUGUACUGCAUUAGUUGCACUUUACUUGCAAGGAAAGCUCUAUGUGGCAAACGCAGGUGACAGCAGGGCACUCCUUGUUCGAAAACAAAGCAUUGUCCCCCUGAGUACUGAAUUCACUCCAGAAACAGAGAGGCAGAGAAUCCAACAUCUGGCUUUUAUGUACCCAGAGCUUCUGGCAGAUGAAUUCAUACGGUUUGAGUUUCCAAGGAGAUUGAGAGGAGAUGAUGUGGGCCAGAAGGUCCUUUAUCGAGAUUACUCAAUGGAAGGCUGGGGAUACAAGACGGUAGCAAAAGAUGACCUCAAGUAUCCUCUUAUCCAUGGACAUGGAAAACAGGCUCGCUUGCUAGGCACCCUGGCUGUUUCACGAGGCCUGGGAGAUCAUCGGUUGAGAGUUAUUGAAACAGAUGUUGAAGUCAAGCCUUUCCUGUCCUGCAUUCCAAAGGUUGAAGUAUUAGACUUUGCCAAACAAAACAUCAAGGAAGGUGAUGUCCUCAUCAUGGCAACAGAUGGCCUUUGGGAUGUUAUGUCCAAUGACGAUGUGGCUCAUAUUGUCAGGAAUUUUGUCCAGGAGAACACAUCUGACCCAUACAGGUUUACAGAACUUGCAAAGUGCCUGGUGCAGAAAGCAAGGGGAAAGAAGGAUGGAUACUACUGGACUAUGGGCAGUAACAGGCCUGCUUCUUAUGAUGACAUUUCUGUGUUUGCAAUUCCACUGUACAACAGUGGAAUUGCAAACACAGUCCUGAACACCCCAUGACUACUGAACAAGUGAUGAUUGUCAUUUGAGUAUUAUUGCUAUUAGUGACACCAUAUCCAGGCCAACAGUUGCCGUGUGGAAAAACAACAACUUUCACUGUCGUCAUUGGAAAACAAAUGCAGAAAACGCAACUUGCACAGUUUGGGUGUCAUUCCCUUGGGGCAGCUGUAUAGUCCCACUUCCUUAAAGAAGCUUUUCUAACUCAGUAAGUGGAGCCAAGAUGGAAACUUUCCUCUGGACUUUCUUUUGCAAUAGCAUUAGUAUCAAAGAAAUGGCAUGCUGACACUAAUGUGAACUUAAUCCAUUUUAUUCUUAAAUGGGAUUUUAGCAACUUUUGUAUAUCUUACAAAAUGUACCAAGCUUCUAUCGUGGCUCACAGAAGUUACAGCAAGAUGUUAAGCUACACCAAUACACUGAGAACAUGACCACAAACCACUAAGUGAAAGUCCCAGUGCUUUUCAUGCAAAAAUUCUGUACAGGGGUUUGCCCAGUCGUUUAAUGGAAUCUGUAUUAAAUAUAGUGUUUACCAAGUUUCGCCUUAAGCUGAAGCUGAGGUACUGGUAAGCACUUAAAAAAAGAAGAUUUUUUUUUAGGUCAGACAAGCUUGUAUUUUGUUUAUAAUUUUGUAUAUUGUUGUGAUUUAAACAUGAUUAUUUUUAAAUGCAAUAAAACAUCUAGUUUUUAUUUUAAAAUAAAUGGUACAACUUUAUUCAAGUUGACAGAUAUGCCCUGCAGUAAAGCUCAGCAUAAAAAACACCAAAUUGAGAAUCCAUCUAAUUGCAUAAUGUAUUUAAUUAUUUCUGUUUUAACUAAAGAGAUAAGCAGAAUCAGCUGUCUUUCUCAUAUCAUCCUGCUUUUUCCAUUGGUGGUAAAUGGGUUUUCUAUCAGAAACUUUAAUAUGUUCUGAGUAUGAAACAGCCUUAGCUAACAUGGGAUGGGGUUGCUAUGGUAAUGUGUUAACAUCCUCACUAUGCCUUGGAACAGGGGUCAGCAAACUUUUUCAGCAGGGGGCCGGUCCACUGUCCCUCAGACCUUGUGGGGGGCCGGACUAUAUUUUGAAAAAAAAAAAAUGAACGAAUUUCUAUGCCCCACAAAUAACCCAGAGAUGCAUUUUAAAUAAAAGGACACAUUCUACUCAUCUAAAAACAUCAGGCAGGCCCCACAAAUAACCCAGAGAUACAUUUUAAAUAAAAGGACACAUUCUACUCAUGUAAAAACAUGCUGAUUCCCAGACCGUCCGCGGCCCGGAUUUAGAAGGUGAUUGGGCCGCAUCUGGCCCCCGGGCCUUAGUUUGGGGACCCCUGCCUUGGAACAACUCUUUAUUGCAGAUCCAUCUCAAAGCAAACCCAAGCUAGACAGAUUAACCCAGGAGUUGUCAACCUGGUCCCUACCGCCCACUAGUGGGCAUUUCAGUAUUCUAGGUGGAUGGUAGGAGGUUCCAUGGCACAAGCUGAAUCCUCUUUCCAUGGAGCACUGGUGGGCGGUAAGAAAAUUUUACCAUCAAGAAAGAUGCAUUAGUGGGUGGUAGGUAUAAAAAGGUUGACUACCCUUGGGUUAACCAAAGCACCUCCCCUCUUACCAGCAUACCUAGAAGAACAUUAUUGUAAAAAUCAC